AUGAGACUAUUUCAAAUUGCAAUACUUCUCAUACUUUUAUUCGAAAUAGCUGAAACUUUUGCUAUUCGCUGCUACUAUGGCUCUGGCUUGAAUGUUCGCACAGACACCACCGAAAAAGUUGACAAAUAUGACAAAUAUUGCACCAAAGCUUAUCUUCCCUGCAGUAGCUACAGGUUUACCUGUACAACUGAAGAAUUCAAAGCAGAUAUCAGCAAAUGGGUUUACUUUUCCACAUCUUCACUCUAUCCUCUCUAUCCAGAUAAUAAUCAAACCAUUUGUACCACUCCACUUUGUAAUGAACCAGUUAACUUACCAUCUGAUGGAUUCUGGUGUUAUUCAGGACUUGGCUUCUAUGGUCAACAAAAUUAUGAACUCGUUUUCGUUUCGAAUAGUAGUGAUAACUUUUGUUCACAAUAUGAAAACAAAUGUGCUUCCUAUAAUCCGUACUGUUCAGAUCGUAAAAUUCCUGUUGGAACGACAUAUCAUGUCUCCAGUGUAGCUACCAAACAAGAUUGUGAAAACUAUAAGUAUUAUUCAGAAAUUGCCAAUGCUACAUGUUGUAAAGGUGAAAAAUGUAACAAACCACCAACUGUGAAAUGUUAUAGUGGCAUAUCAGACACUGAAUUGAGAUCAAUUGAUGUGAAAGAAUCUCCAUAUGAUGAGAAUGCCUAUUCUUGUUAUAAUAGCUGGUCAUGUUCCAAUAGAGAUUGUGAUCGUCGUCAAAGUUAUGGAUAUAUGAAUCAGACUGAUUGUUCAGUUUUUACCAAUUGUUGUUACUAUGAUGGAUGCAAUCAACCAAAAACAUGCUAUGUUGGUAUGAGCCCUGAAACUGCUCAAUUGAAACCAAUGAUUCAAGAUACAUUAUUUCCUGCUAAUGAAUUGUAUUGUCUAACAAUUCCAAGAAAUUGUUCUAUUGAGCAACAGGAUUGCUCACCGUCCGAGAUUGCACAAGGUGUCUCAAAACCCUAUUUCACAUAUGGAACAUGUUCAAAGGGAAGUUGUUGUUAUGAAGCGGGUUGUAAUAGACCAUACUCUGUUGAUUGUUAUAACACUACCAAUAUCUAUAACUCUACUCAACCAGAUACUUUUAAAUCUAUUGAAAUGUAUGGUAUUAAGAAUUGUGCUAGACAUUCAUAUGCUUGUUCCAAUCCAAUGUGGAAGAAGUACUGCUCUGCCAAUGAGAUUUCCAAAUCAACAAUCAAGACCAUUUACUUCACAGCAACAGAUUCUGAAUGUGCUGCUGCUCAAAAGGACUAUUUCAAUUAUUUGGAUCCAAUCUGUUGCAAGAACUCUAAAUGUAACAAGUACGAACCACUCAAAGGAAAUUUGACUUGCUAUGUUGGAGAUUUUGCCUUUGGAGAAGGUAUGCCAAGAAAUAGUAUCAUUACUUUGCCAUCUGCUGGUUCCUAUAAUUGCUAUCGUCGUUCUUAUACCUGCACAGCUGUGACUUCAAAGUGUUCUCUUGAAGAUGUGAAUGCAAAGAAAACUCGUUAUGAGUACGGUGUCAUUCUUUCAUCAAGUUGUAAUGGAUACUAUUGUUGUUCAACUGGGUUCUGUAACAAGUACAAUCCAUUGAUUGAUCCAGUUGCGAGCACUCCAAAUAAUGGAGGUGGUGGAACUGGAGGAAAUGGAGGUGGAACUGGAGGUGGUGGAAGUGCAGCAACAUCUACUAAGGAUAUUCACACUCUCCUAAAGUUUAUCCUUGAACAGGGUGAUUAUUAUGGUAAUUUUGAAAAUGUCAUGGAAACAAUUUACAUCACCUAUGCACAAUUAUCUGAUGAAUUGGGAAAUGAGGAAAAGGAAGUAUUAGAAGUGUUUGAAGAAUUGUCAUUUGGAGAGGAUGAUUUAGCCAAUUUAUUUAAAGUAAUUGCUCUAUAUGAUCGGGAAGUGGAUGAAGAGUUUAAUUAUCAUCAUGGAGACGUUCCGAAGAUGUUGAUGAAAUCCUACAUGGAAACAAGUUCGGAAAGAAAUUGUUUAGUGAUUGACUCACUGUUUAAAUUUAAAGAAGUGGUUCCAAGCUGGAUAUUUAAAUAUUCCCUGUUUACUUUUGAAGUGAUUCAUCAAUUGUCUUUGAAUGAUUUUCUGGAAACUUUCUUGUUGUUUUUGAUUCAUUAUGAGAAGAGAAAUUGGAGUGAUGAAUCAUUGUGUCCAACAUGGGGAGGAUCUGAACAGUCAAUGUUUGAGAGAUUCAUGAUAGAAUUAGAGAGGCGAUUACUUGAUGAUAGUAUUAGAAUUCAUCCACUGAAACAAAUUGACAAAUUUGAAUUGUUCAAGUUAAUGUAUGAACAUUGUACUAAUCUAGAUUGUUACCCUGAAGCUGUGUCAUAUUUUGGAGAUUAUUACCACAAAUUAGUAACAUUAGAAUUAGAGAAACUCAAAUACAUGGAAAGAAAUGAAUCGAGAUCGAAAAGAAUGAUUGGUAUUUUAUCUUUUAUGAGAUAUAUCAAAUUUAAACUUAAGCCUAAAAUGUUUAUUCCUGAUCUCUUCUCCAUAAUUGGAGAUGAAACAGAGACUUUGGAAAUUAGAAAAUCUGCAAUGCUAUUGGUUACAUUCUGUGAACUUCCAGGGGGAAUAGAAUCUCUAGCUUUGUGUCUCAAAUGUUGCAGAAGCGAUAUUCCCCAACCUAUCAUUCAAAAUGCAUUUAACAAAUCUUUAACCAUCCGUAUGGCUUCUAUUACUGCCGAGCUGACUGUAGAGGAUUGUAACGUCUUGAAAGAUUCAAUGAUGAUGGCAGCUUACAAUUUCCAAGUAGAGAGCACUAAUGAUGUAUUAUCGCUAUUUAUCUUCAUUAUUACCUAUAAGGACUAUUUAGCUGAUAUAGAUCUAGAUUAUUCUUUGUCCAUUAUUUUAAACAAGGCAACCAAAUAUAUUCACGAACUUGAAAAUACUAAAUAUUUGGAAGAAAUUAUUGAGUUCAUUCGUGAAAGAGGUUUUUCCUAUUUAUCUGCAAUAGUUCUACCUGGAUAUUUUGAUGCUAUUAAGCAGCGUAAGGAAAAUUCUAUUCCUCUUGUGACACAAUUAGCCCUUUGUCAGUCUUCAAUUAAGCUAUUAUUGGAAGACACUGUUUCUCAGUCGAGAAGAGAAAUUCUGGAACAAUUAUCAAGUGAUUUGAUUCCAUUUAUAUAUGAUUAUUACAAACCUCGGGUGUAUUUACCUGCUGACAUGUUAGCUGAAAUAAUUAUUGCUAAUAGAAUAUAUCAUGAAUUUCCGCCACUCGUGGAUUCUACAUCAAAUAUAUAUCUUUUACUUGAGACAUGUUGUGACCAUCCAUCACAAAAUAGAUGGAAUUUGAGUUGUUUAUUAGCUGAAUGCUUGAGACUUGGUUUACCAAUUCCUAAGAAGGUAUGCGACGCCAUCAAUGGGUUAGAAACAGAUACACACAUCAUGUAUUUGAUUAUGGUUGGAAUAUUCUAUUUUAUUGAUAUAGAUAUUUCAGAUAAUCUAUUCGCCAAAUACCUUAAAAAAUUAGGUGGUGAAGUUGACUUUUUCCUUUCUCCUGUGAUUAACGACAAACAGGUCCAAAAAGUCUAUUUAUUGGGCUUUUUAUUAUUUAUGGAUGAUUAUUUAGAAAGAAAUGUAAUUCUCUAUAUUACAAGUAUGCAAAUUGAUAUUCAAAAUGACGAUGGAGAUCUCUCACUUAAUUCAUUCAUUUACUCAUUGCACGAAAAAGUCAAAAAUAAGUAUGAGGCAAUAUUUUAA